GGCCCCCCUUUCCCGGCUGCGCGGGCCGCCCGGGGCCCCCGCCGCCGGCGCGGGGUCUCCCCCAUGGUGCAGCGGAGUUCGGGAUGUCGAAGACGCUGAAGAAGAAGAAGCACUGGCUCAGCAAGGUGCAGGAGUGUGCGGUGUCCUGGGCCGGGCCCCCGGGCGACGUGGGCGCUGAGAUUCGAGGCGGCGCCGAGCGCGGCGAGUUCCCCUACCUGGGGCGACUCCGCGAGGAGCCCGGCGGGGGCACCUGCUGCAUCGUCUCGGGCAAAGCGCCCAGCCCCGGGGAUGUGCUGCUGGAGGUGAACGGGACGCCUGUCAGCGGGCUCACCAACCGGGACACCUUGGCUGUCAUCCGCCACUUCCGCGAGCCUAUCCGUCUCAAGACUGUGAAGCCAGGCAAAGUCAUUAAUAAAGAUUUGCGACAUUACCUGAGUCUUCAGUUUCAGAAAGGAUCAGUUGACCACAAGCUGCAGCAAGUGAUCCGAGAUAAUCUCUACCUGAGAACCAUUCCAUGCACAACAAGGGCCCCCAGGGAUGGGGAAGUCCCAGGGGUGGACUAUAAUUUCAUUUCUGUUGAACAGUUCAAAGCACUGGAAGAGAGUGGAGCGUUAUUAGAAAGUGGAACGUAUGAUGGAAACUUCUAUGGAACUCCCAAGCCUCCAGCGGAACCCAGCCCUUUCCAGCCUGAUCCAGUUGAUCAGGUCCUCUUUGAUAAUGAGUUUGACACAGAAUCCCAAAGAAAACGAACUACAUCUGUCAGCAAGAUGGAAAGAAUGGACAGCUCCCUUCCUGAAGAAGAAGACGACGAGGACAAGGAAGCCAUUAAUGGCACCGGAAGUGCAGAAAACAGAGAGAGGCCGUCCGAGUCAUCUGAUUGGAUGAAGACCAUCCCAAGUUACAACCAAACAAACAGCUCCAUGGACUUUAGAAAUUACAUGAUGAGAGAUGAGAAUCUGGAACCACUGCCCCAAAACUGGGAAAUGGCCUACACCGACACUGGGAUGGUCUACUUCAUUGACCACAAUACCAAAACGACUACCUGGUUGGAUCCUCGUCUUUGUAAGAAAGCCAAAGCCCCUGAAGACUGUGAAGAUGGAGAACUUCCUUAUGGCUGGGAGAAAAUAGAAGACCCUCAGUAUGGGACCUACUAUGUCGAUCACCUUAACCAGAAAACGCAGUUUGAAAAUCCAGUGGAAGAAGCCAAAAGGAAAAAGCAGUUAGGACAGGCUGAUACUGGGUCUUCAAAACCAGAUAUGGAAAAAUCUCACUUUACUCGAGAUCCAUCCCAGCUGAAAGGUGUCCUUGUUCGAGCAUCACUGAAAAAAAGCGCGAUGGGAUUCGGUUUCACCAUCAUUGGUGGAGACAGGCCCGAUGAGUUCCUGCAAGUGAAGCACGUCCUGAAGGACGGCCCUGCAGCACAGGACGGGAAAAUCGCUCCAGGCGACGUCAUUGUGGACAUCAACGGCAGCUGCGUCCUUGGUCACACCCAUGCAGAUGUCGUGCAGAUGUUUCAGUUGGUACCAGUCAACCAGUACGUAAACCUCACUUUAUGUCGCGGUUACCCACUCCCUGAUGACAGCGAGGAUCCUGCUGUGGAUAUUCUUGCUGUUACUCCUGUAAUCAACGGACAGCCACUGAGCAAGGGCGAGGCGGGAGUGAAUACUCAGGAUUUUAAGUCGGGAGCAGCGAUUCUCGACCAGAAUGGAAAACCAGGACACAUGUUGGUCAGCGAUCGCCUCAGUGGACCAUCAGAUCCAAGCGAGCAGAGAGCAUCCAUGGCAUCAUCAGGCAACUCCCAGCCCGAACUAGUGACUGUCCCUCUGAUUAAGGGCCCUAAAGGCUUUGGGUUUGCAAUCGCCGACAGCCCAACCGGACAGAAGGUGAAGAUGAUAUUGGAUAGUCAGUGGUGUCCAGGCCUACAGAAAGGGGAUAUAAUUAAGGAAAUUUACCAUCAAAAUGUGCAGAAUUUAACACAUCUCCAAGUGGUAGAGGUGCUAAAGCAGUUUCCAGUAGGUGCAGAUGUACCGUUGCUCAUCUUGCGAGGAGGUCCUCCUUCACCAACUAAAACUGCCAAAAUGAAAACAGAUAAAAAGGAAAAUUCAGGAAGUUUGGAGGCCAUAAAUGAGCCCAUUCCCCAGCCUAUGCCUUUUCCGCCCAGCGUUAUCAGGUCAGGAUCCCCGAAAUUGGAUCCUUCUGAAGUCUACCUGAAAUCUAAGACUUUAUAUGAAGAUAAGCCACCAAACACCAAAGAUCUGGAUGUUUUUCUUCGGAAACAGGAAUCAGGGUUUGGCUUCAGGGUGCUAGGAGGAGAUGGACCCGACCAAUCUAUAUACAUCGGGGCCAUCAUUCCCCUGGGCGCAGCGGAAAAGGACGGUCGGCUCCGUGCGGCUGAUGAACUCAUGUGCAUCGACGGAAUUCCUGUCAAAGGCAAAUCACACAAACAAGUCUUAGACCUAAUGACAACUGCUGCUCGAAACGGCCACGUGUUAUUAACCGUCAGAAGGAAGAUCUUCCAUGGUGAAAAACAACCGGAAGACGACAGCCCUCAAGCCUUCCUCUCAGCACAGAAUGGUUCUCCCCGCCUGAGCCGAGCCGAAGUCCCAGCCAGGCCUGCGCCCCAGGAGGCCUACGAUGUCGUGUUGCAGCGGAAAGAAAGUGAGGGAUUUGGCUUCGUCAUCCUCACCUCCAAAAACAAACCGCCUCCAGGAGUUAUCCCUCAUAAAAUCGGCCGAGUCAUAGAAGGAAGUCCGGCCGACCGCUGCGGAAAACUGAAGGUCGGAGAUCAGAUCUCUGCGGUGAACGGACAGUCCAUUGUCGGACUGUCCCAUGAUAGCAUUGUUCAGCUGAUCAAAGACGCCGGUGUCACUGUCACACUAACAGUCAUUGCCGAGGAAGAGCAUCACGGUCCACCAUCAGGAACAAACUCAGCCAGGCAAAGCCCAGCCCUGCAGCACAGGCCCAUGGGACAGUCACAGGCCAACCACAUACCUGGAGACAGAAGUGCCCUAGAAGGUGAGAUCGGGAAAGACAUCUCGGCUUCUUACAGACAUUCGUGGUCUGACCACAAGCACCUUGCCCAGCCCGACACCGCGACAAUUUCCAUUGUGGGCAGUCGGCACAGUCAGGGCCUCGGCUGCUGCGCAGUGGAGCUGGAGCGAGGCCCGCGGGGCUUCGGCUUCAGCCUGCGGGGCGGGAAGGAGUACAGCAUGGGGCUCUUCAUCCUGCGUCUUGCCGAGGACGGACCUGCGCUCAAAGACGGCAGAGUUCACGUUGGUGACCAGAUUGUUGAAAUCAACGGAGAACCGACACAAGGCAUCACACAUACUCGUGCAAUCGAGCUCAUUCAGGCCGGUGGAAAUAAAGUUCUUCUUCUCUUGAGGCCAGGGACUGGCUUGAUACCUGACCACGGUGAUUGGGAUAUUACUAACCCUCCAUCUUCAAAUGUGAUUUAUGAUGAACAGUCACCAUUUCCCCCACCUUCACCUUCUGCUUCCAUAUUUGAAGAGUCUCCCAUGCCAGCAACCGAAGGACCUUUGCUGAGAGUUCAGAUAUGUGAAAAGGCAGAAGACUCCAGGGACAUUGUACCUGAAAAGAAAAGCACUUUAAAUGAAAAUCAGUCUCUUCUCCAGCAAACUGUGAGCAAAAGGGAUCCACGCAGCAGUCUUGGGCACAGUGACAAGAAAAAUCUCUUAAAAGCAGAACAUGGAGUUACACAAAGAGGAAGGUCUGCUAGUCCCAAAAAGUCAGCCAGUCGCUACUCAGAGGAACAUUUAGAAAAGAUCUCCAGUCCUCUAAAAAAUGACCCCAAGAGACGACCCAGAGAUCGAUCACUGAGCCCCAGGAAAGGGGAGACUAAAAGUUGUCAGAGCUACCCUAGGGAAGGUUCUGGACACGAUCAUGGCAGGAAAAGCAGAGGACGGUCUUCGAGCCCAAAGCAGCAGCAAAAACCCGAAGGAAACAAAGACCAACCGAAUGCCGAAGCCAAAUCCUUAGCGGCUGAGAGUCGGAGAGCAGCGGGCCGUGCGAGGGACAAUGCUGAGCAGAUCUCAAACGGGAAAGAAAAACCGGCUGUUAUCAGGAAGGAUACAAAGCAGAGUCCGCCUGGAAACCGCAGAACAAGGUCACCAGAGAAAAAGAGCAAGAGAAUAGAUGAAAAGCCUCUUUCCUCCAAAAAGACUAACCACCCUACUAGCAGAGUAGUAUCCGAAAAUGAAAGAGGAAAGAAAGCAACCUUAGGAGAAACAAGUUCUAGUAAAGAGAAAAUAGAAAAUGUCAGAACGUCAGAAAAGAAGGUGAAGCAGGAACCUGAAGAAAGAACAACAGUUUCAAACAGAACGGAAGAUCCCAAAGGAAGAGAACCCGAGGCAAAGAAAACAAUCACCCCGGGGCCCUGGAAGGUGCCAAGUGCAAGGAAGGCCGCGGGCACUGCUGCUGUGGCUGAGAGACGGCUGUGACCUUUAGCACAACACAAAGGAAAACAAGUUGUAAUCUUUUCUUACUAAAAAGCACCAUUUUUCAAAAGAAAAAAGGUCAUCUUUUUCAGAAAUUCUGAAACACAUACACGUGUAAUUUGAUUUGAGCAUCAAGUCACCUAGGCUGCAUGACAGGCCUUUAGGUUUGCUAAGAACCCACUGUCCCCCUGGCUGGCUGCCCAGCUCGUCGUCAUGAGUGUCUCAACACAUGACGUAUGUUGAUACUAACAACACGGUCACAGCUCUGUAUUUGUGCCCAGUUAUCUACUGCAUCAUGUCGUUUUCUCCUUAUUACUGAGAUAUUUCCACAGUAAUAAAAACGUUAGGUUCAGCUUGGAAGUUGAUAUUCUCAAUAGCAUGUUGCAUGUUUACAGAGAGAAAUAUUUGAGUCCUUACAGGAGAGAUUGUCGACGCAUCAUUAAAGAUGGUGGUGCCUCUUCUAACAGCUACUGAUGAUGUCCCAGUUUAAAAACAACUGAAACAUCACUACUGUAAAGGGAAAAAAAAUGUAGUUAAAUAUUGACACUGUUUUAUGGUUUUGUAUUUUAAUUCGGCGAGGUAAGGUAUUUCAAAUAACUGUUAAAGAUAUUACUUACAAUUGAAUGUUCAAAAUGAGAAAGUACUUUGAGUUCACCUACUGUGUUAUCCAGCCCUGAUGUAAUUAUAGCGUCUCAGAUCACCCAGUUCUUUCAUUAUAAAACCACGAAGAAGCGUGUGGAAGUAGUGCUUAAUGCUAUUUGAAAGAACUACCAAAUUCCUAUUUCUGGAUAUUUUGGUUAUACCUCCUACUAAGUCAUUAGUCGUUACUAGAUAAUACAUAUUUGAAGAGUCAAAAUAUAUUAUGUGAAAGACUUAAUCAUGAAACUAGUUUCAGAGUCCACUGCCAGAUAAAGUACCAACUCAUCUGGUGGCAGCUGACAAGUUCGGGUGUUUAAGAACAGAACCCUUGUAAGACCUGCUCAGCAGGUAAGGACAAACUUGGUGACAGACAGUUCUUGCUAAAUCUCAAUUUUAAUUUCUAGCUACAUUAACUUUCUUGUUUAACAAGAAAUGGAGACUAAACAUCUGCUUAGCUCAUACAGAUUUUCAGAGUUUUUUUUAAAGUCUAAAGAUGUUUAUUGGAAGGUAGAGACGGGUUUUAAUUCCAUAAAAUAGAUCUGGCUUUUUCAGUCCCCUGAAGCAGCAUCAGUGGCAUCUAUAAAUAAAGGAACUUCUCAGAAUAAAACCAUUUUAUGGAAUAUUUGAACAUACUUGUUCUGUCACCCUGGGUUCAUCUUGUUAUUGUGAAACACAUUAUGUCCAGGUCCUUCCCUCUCAGAGUCUGACUGUGAAACUCUUUAAUGUAAAACGGAAUCGGCCCCUGUAGAUAAGACAUGCUUCCCAGAGUAAGAGUUUUGAAAUCCCCUUUUCAUCCAGAACUAUAUUUACCCCUGUAUUGUAACUACCUGAAUAGAGCAAGAUUAGGAGGCUUGAUAAAUGCUAAGAAUUUAGUACCACAGAAAUGAUUUAUUUUCCCUAUAGUCUACAAUUAGUGAUAAAAAGCCUAUUUUUAUUGUUAACUGUGACAUAACUUUGAUGUCAUAUGUUGUCAGUCUGAUGUGGCUCUUUUCCUUUCUAUGUAACCUGUCACUGUACUGAUUAUAUAUUGACUUAGCAAUGUGGCCUUGGAAUGCUAAGCAAAAUAUGGAUGUACUGGUUGUAAAUGUUUAUAUAUUGUACAGUACCUUUAUAUAUACACACUUGAAGUUCUGAUUAGAGAAAGAGAUCUGUAAAUCGCUCGUUAUUUUUUAUAUAGAUAUUAAAAAAACAAAAAACGA